UUUGGCGAUAGGCUAGCUAUCGAAAAGAUAUUACGAGUCACAUUGUUUUACACAACUGUGGUAUAUUGUCAAAAGUAACACCAAUAUAUUUCGAUAAGUGUGUUUGAGGAAUGUUGAUAAAAUAGAAGCUUCAUUCGGUUUGGUCCUUUACGCCCUAACUAGCCCGGUAGUUUUGUUUUUGAACGUCGAAGGGUGUGUUUUUCGGCCGUAACGUUAACGUUAGAGCUAGCGAAGCAAACAAGCUAGUCCUCAAAUCCACGUAAUUCUGAUAUUUAGCCAAAUAAAAUAAGAGGGAGGCGUUGAUGAGCAACAAUGUCUGGCAUCGCUCUUAGCAGACUGUCCCAGGAGCGCAAAGCCUGGAGAAAAGACCACCCAUUUGGUUUUGUUGCUGUGCCUACUAAAAAUCCAGAUGGGACCAUGAAUCUGAUGAACUGGGAGUGUGCCAUUCCAGGGAAGAAAGGAACCUUAUGGGAGGGAGGACUUUACAAACUCAGAAUGCUGUUCAAAGAUGACUACCCUUCCUCGCCACCUAAAUGCAAGUUUGAGCCACCAAUAUUCCACCCAAAUGUCUACCCAUCAGGCACUGUGUGUCUGUCCAUCCUGGAGGAGGACAAAGACUGGAGGCCCGCCAUCACCAUCAAACAGAUCCUGUUGGGCAUCCAGGAGCUGCUGAAUGAGCCUAACAUUCAAGACCCAGCACAAGCAGAGGCUUACACAAUUUAUUGUCAGAACAGGAUGGACUAUGAGAAGCGGGUAAGGGCACAGGCCAAGAAGUUUGCCCCCACAUAGAGAGGAGUGCUGGCCUUUAUCCUACCAGAGCAGCCUGAACUGAUAGAGGUUAUAAACAGGAGGCAGGCAGCACCUGAAGGACCACUCCAAUAAGAAUCCAGUUUUGAGUAUUAUUAUACUAUUACGCUGAUGACAAGUGAGCCUGUUUUCUUUUUCUUUUUCUUUCUUUCUUUCUUUCUUUCUGUUUUUAAACAACAAAAGAUGAUAAUUUUACAUGUCUUCAAGAAAUAUUUAUGCAUUUGAAUGCAUAGUCAAUGAUCUAGAACCGUGAUCAACAUGACAUUUGCUAUUUGUAACUCUUGUAUAAUCCUAAUCUCCAGUUUUGUCAUGAGUGAGCUGAGAUCACUCAUGCCUCCAUUAAUUAUGUAAGUCAUGCUAAUGUAUGGACAGUGCUGUAGAAAUAAGAUUUCAUGUCAAAACCACUCUCUGUGUAAUGUUGAGUCGGUUGUGGCAGAGGAGGAGUGUUUGCCUGUUCGUAACCUUCCAGUUUUUAUCAAACCAUCAAACCCCAGAAAUAUUGUAGAUAGUGUAUCAUGAAUAUGAACAUAAACUGGGACAAAGCAGUUGGAAACACAAUGGAAGUUGGUCGUUUCUUUUGUGCUCUUGGUCCCUUCUUUCAUUCCUAUCACAUAUCCAUCACAUCAGAGUUUCCUCAAAAAAGCAUCAGCAGAAUACCAUCAACACGUCAAAUCCACAUAAAAGACAAUCCUGGCACUUGUAUGUUGGUUACAAGCUAAACCGUAGCAGUUAUUUAGGUAGGAAGUGACGCUCUGUCCACCUCAGAGAAGGGAAGAGUCACAGAUGGAAAGUGGGCUUUGCUUCAAGGCUUUGCUUCCAUCAGCCAUCCUUUAUUGCAGUGAAACUAAGAUAAACUUAGUGUUAAGAUUCUUUUUGUGAAUCCAACUGGGAAUUAAACUAUUUGUCAGUUACACUGAUGAACUCAAGUCACAUUCAACACCAGUAUGUCGUCUGCUUCCCAACAUGCUAUACUAUGAGAUAGAGGAGAAGUUGCAUACGAAAAGUAAGAAGAACUGUUGCUGUGUGGUUUGUUUGUUUUUUUUGGCUCUAUUUGUUCAGUCAUUUUAACCCCACAAUGCCUAAGAGGUUAUUAAAAACCUCUAUAAAUCCAAAAACUGUUAAAUCUACAAGUCCCUCGAGCCAACAAGCUGUAGGAUCCUCAUUGGAAUGGCCUCUCAACCAGCAAGGAAGGCAGAUGAAAGUGCACUUGAGAGUAAACGAAGGCCUGAGAUUUUUUUGCCUCUGAAUAUAUGAGUGCAUGUACAUAAUAUAAAUAAUGAAAAAUUGUGGAAGUUAUGUUUUAUAUUGUUUUAGCCAGUUGACAUUUGUGUGUGGUAUUAUA